ACAGUUUUAACACCAAUGUGACCCUCAGGGAGACGCAGUGUUUAACUAGUCUCCCUUGCUUCUUUAGUUUGACAGGAAGCGUUACCCACAUUAAGGUUAAAUUAACUCAACAGGACACAGCAAGGAGGUGAAAUCAGUCAUAGUCAAAAUAAUGUACAUAUAAAUAAAAUAUAAGCGCAAAAUGAAUAAAGGAGAACAAGAAAAUAACUAUGGCCUCAUUUGUAGCUGUUCAUGAGCCGUUCUUAAUAAUCCAAACAUGAAUUGAAAUCAACAAUUACACAUAAGAUAGUUUUCAGUCGUCAACAAAUCUAUAUUCUUCAGUUUUUUGGACGCAGCUGCAUCAGCGCUGUCUUUCCCGAUGUCUCCCAGCAGGUGUCAGCAAACGACGUUUUAGGAAAUUUGGGUCACACUUCUCGACACAAACUGUUGAAUAAUAUGGUUGUUUUAGUUUUUCUUCUCUGAUAUAUAAUAAUUCUUUAAGCAAUGAAAUAAAACUCCCCUAACAACGGUUGUCCUGAGGUCGCGCUGCAUUGCACUCGGUGACGCGUUCAGGCACGCGUUAGGAGCGUCGCAGCUGCUGUUGUUUUGGUUGGGGGAGGGAGGGAGGAGGAGUGUUGAAAUCAUAACAGCAGAUCUGCAAACUGCGCACACGCGCCGUCGGCCUUGCGCUGCGACCGCGCGGCUGUUUCCAGAUCUGCUGGGAAAGACGCGCGUCCGCUACACGGCGCUCGGUCGCGCACGUCGCCCGCAGCGGUGGUGCUGUCAUGGGCCGCGUCGUGGUCUCGUAGCCCGCAGGCUCGGUUCCGCCCCGUCGCCUUUCCGCAUGGCCGGAGUCUGCUGCAAGUGUCCGGUCUCGCUGUCCGCGUUCAAGCGCUCCCUCUCGGUGGCGCCGCGCGGCUGCGGCUCCGCGCCGCGCUCGCUCGCGCCGAGCUGGAGGCUGGGCGAGCGCGGCCCGCACGAGGCCGCCCGGCCCGCCAGCGUCCUCAGGGCCGCCAGCUUCUACCAACACACGGCCUCCCCGUCUGUGUCCUGCCAGGAGUCCAUGCGCGAGACCCUGCGGACCUGCUACGUGUACCUGAACCAAACCAGCCGGAGCUUCGCGGCCGUGAUCCAGGCGCUGGACGGGGAGUUGAGACACGCAGUUUGCAUCUUCUACCUGGUUCUGCGGGCGUUGGACACCGUGGAGGACGACAUGAGCAUUCCUCUGGACAAGAAGGUGCCCAUGCUGAACGACUUCCACACCUACCUGUACCGGGAUGAGUGGCGCUUCACCGAGAGCCAGGAGAAGGACCGCCGGGUGCUGGAGGAUUUCCCCACGAUAUCACUGGAAUUUAGAAACCUCGCUCAUGAGUACAGGGACGUCAUCUCGGAUAUCUGCCACCGUAUGGGAGUGGGAAUGGCGGAAUUCCUGGAGAAAAGAGUGGGAUCCAUGAAAGACUGGGACCAGUAUUGCCACUACGUCGCAGGGCUGGUCGGCAUCGGCCUGUCCAGGCUCUUCUCCGCGUCCCAGCUGGAGGAGCCGGAGGUGGGGCAGGACACGGAGCUGGCGAACUCCAUGGGGCUGUUCCUGCAGAAGACCAACAUCAUCCGAGACUAUCUGGAGGACACGCAGGAGGGACGCGUCUUCUGGCCUCAGGAGGCCUGGAGUCAGUUCGCGGCUCGCGUCGAGGACUUCGCUCGGCCCGAGAACCUGGAGUCGGCCCUGUCCUGCCUCAACCUGCUGGUCACCGAUGCCCUGCGUCACGUCCCGGAUGUCAUCGCCUACCUGUCGCGCCUGCGCAACCAGAGCGUCUUCAACUUCUGUGCCAUUCCGCAGGUGAUGGCGAUAGCGACCCUGUCGUCGUGCUUCAACAACCCCAUGGUGUUCCAGGGAGUGGUGAAGAUCAGGAAGGGCCAGGCCGUCACCCUCAUGAUGGACGCCACCAACAUGAGAGCGGUGCAGACCAUCAUCGCCCAGUACAGCCAGGAGAUUCUACACAAGGUGUCGCUCAGCGACCCGUCGCGGGACAAGACGCUGUCCAUCCUGGCUGUGAUCCAGGAGAAGUCGGCCCUGUCCCAGUCCAGCCUCCCCUCCAGGACCCACCUGUCGCCCAUGUACCUGUCCGCGGCCAUGCUGCUCGCCGCUCUCAGCUGGCAGUACCUCAGCACCACGGCGGCACAGGUGCAGGGCACUGGCGACGCACACGGACAGUGAGCUGGAGACCUGGAGUCAUCCAACAAAAAGAAGCCCCUCUGCCGUCACUAGAGAUCUGGUUUAACUCUCACCGGAGGAGUCUGAAGUGUCCGUAAGAGGAGUGUGGGCGUAUUUAGGCGACUGAGGGCUUCUGGUAUUGGCCGGUGUCAUUAGGGGGAUUCAUGUUAGUCCAUCCUGCAUCUGGAUUACUCACCGGCUUACUCACAGUCUUGUGUGGGUGUAUUCACCAGCAUCAGUGACACACUGAAACGAAUCAGGGUGUGUCAUCAUCGUCAUCAUCGUUUUCUUUCUCAAACCUUUUGAUCCAUUUUGUGGAUUGAUUCAAAUAACAAGGCAAACAGUUAUAUUUAAGUGGACUGAAAAGGUGGAAAACUCACAAAUCAACCUGCCUGAUUUACACUCUGGAUGUUAAACGACAAAUGUCACUAAGCUUUAGUUUGAUUCUGUCUCAAAUCGGACUUAAUCGACCUGUUCUGUCAAAUCAAAGCUAGCUCCAUGUUCCACUUAUGUUUCCAUAGGAAACUCUUUUAAAGAACUGUUACAACUGUGCACUUUACAGCAUUUGCGCUGUAUGUUAGCAUAGGUGUCGAUCGUAUCCUCUGUCAGUAGAGCUCUUUUUUUGUCCUAUGUGUACUUUGAAAUGUAAUUGCAGGAAAACAAUUCUAUAGUGAUUUAAAGGAAAAGGGAUGUUCAACAGAUGUAAUUCAUAUUAUGACUGCUAGCAGAAGUGUCCUUAAUACAGUCGGGGUGAGUAGAACGCCGACACAGCAGGAGCUUGUACAGAACCAAAGGAGAGCUGCAAAUGUUCUAUGAAAUAAAAUAUUGAUUUGUACAUAUUUGAAAAAUUAAAGAUUAAAAAGGACAAAACUCAA